CCAUUUUAGAACAAAAUGGCCACUGUCUUCCUGAUUCAGGCAUCUCAUGAUAAUUUUCUGUUGGAAUUAUGUUUCUUAUAAAGAUUAAGACAUUUUCUCUUUAAAGAAUUUACAGAGAUACGACCAUGGCGGAUGAAGGAGGGACACCCCCAGAAUGUUCCUCAGCUCCAGACUCAAUAUCUGAGCACGUUGCUAGCGGUAACCUUGAAGAACCUCCCCCGCUAAGUAUCAUGGAUCCAGUGUCGUCAGAGCUAGCGGGGACUGAGAGGUUUACGUCUGUGCCGGUCUCGCGCGUCCCCGUCGCCACCACAAGCACAGACACGGCCGCCAAUUACGCCACGCCGGCCCCACGGAUAGACGUGCCAGAAACCUCCAAGGCACCCGGCCUGACGGAUUGCCCGAUCACCCCGGUCAUCUCAUUAUCCAAAGAUUUCCACCUUCGUGGCUCAUCCACUUCAGCGUUCCGGCCAUUCGUCACACAAACCACAUUGUCUUCAGCAAGGGAGAUCACUUCCUCGACGGAACUUGACAAUCCCAUCACGUCGACCCCGGUGUCGCGGCGUGCGGAACGACAGUCGCAUCCUGGUACGUCGCGAGACCUGGCAGACCUGUCCAGGAAGUCUCCGUCGCCCCCGAAUGAGUCUGGUACCCCGGUGUUCCUGAACCCCGCCCCGACGGAGGAGAACGAGGACGGCCGCACCACCGCCUCCGCUCCACCCUGCACGCCCGCACCGGACCCUUACCAGCAGCCGCAGUCUCCGUUCAGAGGAAACCGGCAAAUUAAAAAAAUAGAUUUGUUGGCCAUGUCGCGAUCACGCCAGUCGGACAGAGCGGAGAAUGCCAGGCGUGAUGGACGACUGGCUCCAAGCCCCAGAAAGAAAGACGAGGUUCUCCGCAACAGCGGCUUUGCUCUCCCCCCUCGAGGGUUCGGCUCAGGCUUCAGGGCCAACCUGCCAAACCCAAGCCCCGUCAACGACCGGACCUUGUCCCCCGAUCGUAGCGGGAACAGCUCGCUCAACGCGGCCUCGCCCAACGUAGACGUGGUCAGUGUGGACGACCCCCAGCCUGACCCGUCCAAAUGCACCUUCAGCAUACAGUUCCACGAGUUUGCACCAGCCCCUCACAUGCUCAAGUGCAGCCUGUGUGGCUUCGUCACCAACAACCAGCGAUUCUACAAGCGACACCGCAGACUGCACAGCCGCCAGUACCAGCCCUCAGCCAUCCGCUGCAGCCUGUGCGACUACUCCACCACGCAGGUGCGCAAGAUGCGUGAGCACACCAUCACCCACCACCACCUGUCUCACCAGCACUCACUCUCCAACUCAGAGCAGCAACAGCAGGGAGGUUUCUCCCACCCCUCCUCCGUGGUCGCAUCCACGCAGAGGCCGCCCCUCCAAGGUCAUAUGUUAAUGAGCGGCGGCGGUAUGUACCAACCGCUGAGUGGCCGCCCGGUGAACGUCGCGGUGGGGGCGGGGGCGAGCGCGACUGCAGCAAUGGCGGCCGAUACGUCUGGUCUGGGUCUGCCCACGUACAUCCCCGCCCCCCACGACCCUCCCAUACAGGUCAACAGCCAGGGCGACCUUCAACACCCGCCCCGCGGCAACGCCAUGCUGGGAAACUAUGCCGCAGCGAGCGACCAACAAGUGGCCAGCUACAUGCGCUCGGUGCUCACCAACCUCAUGACGCCCGCUAGCGGCCGGGGUGCGAACCCCAGUGGCUCGCUGACGGGCUCUGGGGUACAGCUGCAGGCGGUGAGAAGCUUCCCUCUGGAAUCUCCCACCGUGAUCCCAUCCAGCACCGCCGCGGCCGCCAUGGAGGACAACUACAACUACCGUCGCUUCUGGUCCACCGGGAGUGGCAACAACAACAACAGCAGCAGCAGCAGUAGCGGUGGUGGAGGUGGUCACUUAAACCUGUCGACUGCUGGUUUUGUCAAGGUCAAGGCCGAGCCGCGCCCCGUUCACGUGACCAGAACCAUCUCGGACUUACCGUCCAGCACACAGGACCGGUGUCCUCGCCGGCCGUCUGACACCUUCGACAGCGAGUCUGGCAUGGACAUGAGCAGCGACGACCACCUGGGCUCCCCGCAGCCCGACACCGACGCCUCGCGCCUGGAAGGGGGGGUAAGCGCCUCCAACACUCACGCGGAAACUUCAACGAGCUCGGCCAACAACGGGCGCAGCACGGGCAGUGUGCAGUGCUCCAUGCCCUUCAUCAAGAUCGAGUUCCCCCCGCACACGGACGCGUGUAGCGUGCUGACGCGGCCCCACCACUACACGCACAUGGACCAGGAGACGCAGUGCGACAUCCUGUCGGGGUCCCGGCGACACGGCAGCCGCACGCAGUCUGAGACGGUGAGCAGCGCGGGGGGGUCGGUGGUGGAGACGCGCUGUCACUUCUGUGGGGUGACGUUUGACGACGAGGUCCUGUACUCCAUCCACGUGGGCUGCCACAGCCACACCGACCCCUUCGUCUGCAACGUCUGUGGGAAACAGUGUGGCAACAAGUACGGCUUCUACUCCCACAUCAUGCGAGGCCACCUGGCCCGCCCCAACACUUGAUGGUGGAGGGGGAGACAACUCCUUUGUUUUGUUACGCUACUCUCUGAACCAUUUUUGCUUAACGCCAACCAACUUUUUUCGUUUGUUCGUUUGUUUGUUUGUUCGUUUGUUGUUUUUUUUCCACCCAAUUUGCAGCAUUAGUUAUGAGCUUGUGUACUCCUGUUUUUUACUGCGUCUUUCCGGCCUGGUUGUUUGGUCAAUGAUUGGCUUUGUCUUACACAGAUUUGUAUCUGUAUGUGUAUGUGUGUAUCUGUAUGUGUAUGUGUGUGCGUGUGUGUGUGUGUGUGUGUGUCAGUGGCUUGUUUGUUAGUAGACACUGUCUGAGAACUGCUUUGAUGCUGGCUUAACGUUGAAUUUCUGAUGGCGUUUCUGUUCCCGUGCCAAAUCAUACCUUGUGUUUGUUACUUCUUCAUAGAUAGCUUCCUUCACCCUUUGAACUCUGACCUCCUGAGGCUACUGUUGCCCUCUGCCUGAGCUACUCAGCGAUAUAUUACUAUUGCUAACAUUUGUGUGAUCGUCAUAAAUUCUUUGCCCUAUCGACAGGCCGAAGGGCUAGAACCCAGAUGGCCGCUGGAUCGGUGGCUAGACAUACUGGCAUUUUUACACACCACCUAACUGCUUCUUUGCCUCUUGCCUUCUCACUUCUGGUGGAUCUUCUAAGGGUUCACGGACCGUUUGCUUCUAGAACUUUUCCACCAGGUUUGGCCGCCACGUUCCGAAAAACUUUCUUGUCAGGUUUCGGAAAGAAGUCGAGGCUCUGUGGGAAUCCAUCUUGUAGAUCUCUGCUCUGGCUCUCUCUCUCUCUCUCUCUCUCUCUCUCUCUCUCU